CGGAAGCGGUUUUGCGCUGCAUAAAUUUUGUAGCUGGGUGAGUUUUCCCAGAUUCUUCAGAACGGUUGCUGGCACUCAGAACCCGGACCUCUGCCCUGGAAUCCCCAUCUUGUGUGCAAAGCUUCACUGACGCGGAGAGCUGCGAGACUGAGGAAGAUUGAUUUCGAAAUACUAAUGUUGCACAAGGAAGAACCUAGGAGGAGAAGAAGAAAGAGGAAAUAAAAAAAAGCCAGGGAUGGCUGUCACUCAGGGACAGUUGUCAUUCAGUGAUGUGGCCAUAGAGUUCUCUCAAGAGGAAUGGGAAUGCCUAGACCAUGCACAGAGGGCUUUGCACAGGGAUGUCAUGUUGGAGAAUUACAGCAACCUGGUCUCCCUGGGAGUCACACUUCCAAAUUUGAAUGCUAUGUCUAAGUUGGAACAAAACAAAGGACCCUGGACUGUGGAGAGUGAGGCAAUAAGUACCAGAAAAUCAAAUGGAAAGGAAUAUAUCAGAGCUAUGAGUGCAGUUAACUCUCCUGAAUAUAUAAUUAAAGGGAGUAGAGAUUCAGGGGAAAUAGUCCAGACAAAGGUGGCAGAAAGAUAUAAACGCAAUGGCAUUGAAGAGUUUUCCUUCAGAGAAAUCCAGCAGAACAUUCAGAAUUUUGAGUUUCAGUGGAAAGAGCAUGAAAGGAAUUAUAAACCCACUUGUAGAAGAGAUCAAGAUAGUGGAAAGGAGACAGGAAGAAACCUUAGGAAAAAUCAGCAUCUGUUAAGCUUCACUUCACAUCUAUCUGAACUGCACCCAUUUCCAUCUGCAGAAAAUAUUGAUGGUAAUGAAGCUAAGUCCAUCAGCAGUGGUUCUUCAAUUUUGUCAUCUGGCAAAAUUCUUGCUAGUGGUGACAAAGCACCUGUUGUUCAUGAAUAUGAUGUUUAUUCUUCACUACGUAUAAAAGGACAGAAAGCAACCAUUAAGGGAAAACCUUAUCAAUGUAAAGAGUGUGACAAAGUCUUCAGUUAUACUUCUUCUUUAGCAUAUCAUCGGCAGAUUCAUACUGGAGAAAAACUUUACAAGUGUCUUGAGUGUGGUAAGGCUUUUUUUCGACGCUCUUAUCUUUUGGUACAUGAGAGGCAUCAUACUGGAGCGAAACCUUACAAAUGUAAUGAAUGUGGCAAGGUGUUCAGUCAGAAUUCACACCUUAAGAGUCAUGGAAGAAUCCAUACUGGUGAGAAACCAUUCAAAUGCAAUCAUUGUGGCAAAGCCUUUAGUGUUCGUUCAAACCUAACUCACCAUCAGGUAAUCCAUACUGGAGAUAAACCUUAUAAAUGUAAUGAGUGUGGCAAGGUCUUCAGUCAAACCUCAAGCCUCACAAUUCAUCGAAGAACUCACACUGGAGAGAAACCUUACAGGUGCAAUGAGUGUGGGAAAGUAUUCAGUUCACAUUCAAACCUAAAUACCCAUCAGGCAAUCCAUACUGGAGAAAAACCCUACAAAUGUUCAGAGUGUGGCAAGGUCUUUACUCAGAAUUCACACCUUGCAAAUCAUUGGAGAAUACAUACUGGAGAGAAACCUUACAAGUGUAAUGAGUGUGGAAAAGCCUUUAGUGUGUACUCCAGCCUCACUACCCAUCAGGCAAUCCAUACAGGAGAAAAACCUUACAAGUGUAAUGAAUGUGGUAAGGUCUUCACUCAAAAUUCACACCUAGCUAGUCAUCGUGGAGUUCACAGUGGGGAGAAGCCUUACAAGUGUGAAGAAUGUGGCAAACUCUUCAGCCAAACUUCAAAUCUUGCAAGACAUUGGAGAGUUCAUACUGGAGAGAAGCCUUACAAAUGCAGUGAAUGUGGCAAAGCUUUUAGUGUGCGUUCUAGCCUGACUUCCCAUCAAGUAAUCCAUACUGGAGAAAAGCCUUACAAAUGUACUGAAUGUGGCAAGGUCUUCAGUCAGACGUCAAGCCUUUCAAUCCAUCAGAGAAUUCACACUGGAGAGAAACCUUACAGAUGCAAUGAGUGUGGAAAAGCCUUUAAUUCACAUUCCAACCUAAAUACCCAUCAAGUAAUCCAUACUGGACAAAAACCCUAUAAAUGUAUGGAAUGUGGCAAGGUCUUUACUCAAAAUUCACAUCUUGCAAAUCAUCAAAGAACCCAUACAGGAGAGAAACCUUACAAAUGUAAUGAGUGUGGCAAAGCCUUCAGUGUAUACUCAAGUUUGACUACUCAUCAGGCAAUCCAUACUGGAGAAAAACCUUAUAAGUGUAAUGAAUGUGGUAAAGUCUUCACUCAAAAUUCACACCUAGCUAGUCACCGGAGGACUCAUACUGGAGAAAAACCUUACCAGUGUAAUAAGUGUGAUAAAGCCUUUAGUGUGCGUUCAAGCUUGACUACCCAUCAGGCAAUCCAUACUGGAGAAAAACCUUACACAUGUAGUGAGUGUGGCAAAGUCUUUAGUCGAAGUUCCAACCUUACAAGUCAUCAGAGACUUCAUGUUGGACAGAAGCAUAUGUGAAUAUAGCAAGGUCUUUGGGCAUAAUUCACUUCUUGCAUAAUAUCCAGGAAUACAAUCUUAAGAAAAUGUUAGUAUUGUGUUGAUGAUAAACACCCAUCAUGAGUUCAAAUAUGUCAUUAGAUGUAGUGGUAUGCAUGUACAACCACCCUUUUCAGGUUGUUAUGGGAGCAUUGUCUGCUUGGGAUAUGUAGGAAGAACUUGACCUAAAAUAAAAAAUAUAUCAAGCUUUUGUAGACAUAUAACAUAUUAAGAAGACAUUUCAUACACGUAGAGAAGAUGCUUCAGGAUAUGAUUUCCACCUCUAUAAACACAAAAAUGCACAUUGUUGAUGAAAUAAUCCAAUUGGCACUUAUUGAGGAUGUUACUUAAUGACUAUUUACAGUGGAAGGUGAAUGGAAAGAGUUACUCAGCCUCUUGUUUUUCAUAGCUAAUUUUCAAUGUUACAUUCCACAGAAUAAUUGAUAAUUACUGAGCAAUUAAAAGUCAAAAUAGCUAAAACAUAUAUUUGAAAGGUUGAAGAUGGUUGAUACUUGCCUUUAAUAUUCGUGUACUCAUUUAUUUAUGGUUCCUUGCAAAAUCUGCUUUGCCAUUUGUGAUUGUUAUCUGAAACUUUCUGAUGAUACAAUACCUGCCUCAGGGGCCUUUUAUUGCAGCCUUUGGGAAAAAUAGGGUAAAAAGUCACAUUAAUAGAAAAGGGUCAUGUAUGUCUGGUUUUUGAGAAUGACUCCAUUCCAUCUUUUGAAUUAAGUAUUGGCUAAGUUAUGUUCCUAAUUUGUGUUUAGAUUCUGUAUUAAAUGCCAUGACUAAAGCUAACUUGGUGAGAAAGUGGUUUAUUUCAUCUUAUAGGUUAUAAUUGAUCAAAAGAAGCCAGGAUAAAGGCUAGACUAGGAACCUGGAAGCAGGGACUAAGGAAGACGAUGGAGAAAUGAUACCUGGUGAAUUGCUUUUCUUGGCUUAGCUUCCUUCAUACAACCUAGGACCAUGUACCAAGGGGUGGCACUGCCCAAAGUGGUCUAUGUCCUCUUAUAUCAGUAAUUAAUAAAGAAAAUACUUGACAGAAAUGGCCAGAGUCCAACCUGAUGAAUGUGAAGAGUCCCCUCUUCUCAGGUAACUCUAGUUUGUGUCAAGUUAAAAGAUCUAACCAGAUUAUUUGUCUUCUGAAAGGGACAGGAUAUUGUAAAAUUACAGCAUAAAUUUAUCAUUUAUUGUAUAUGAUGGGAGCAUUCUGUUGGGUAAAAGCAAUUAAGUUGGAAAGAAAUGAUCUACCAUAUGAUCAUUGGAUACAGAAGCUGCCACAAAAUAAGGAUACUGCACUUUUUGUGAAAGAAGAACAGUAGGCUAUUAGGGAUGUGGUGUUUGUCAAAUAAACUGCAGAAGACAUAGUGAACUGCUAUAUUGAGUGACAACAGGUUUCAUACUUAGGAAAUAAUAAUUUUUCUUACUUUUAAAAUUAAAGUGAGAAACAUUAUUAGAGUGGAAAAUUUAUCUCAAAGAAAGUGUAGGGGCUGUGUAUGUAGCUAGAAAAGAAACACUUGUGUCAUGCAUGUGAGUCCCUAAGUUCAGUGCUCAGCAGCACCAAAAGUAAAAAAAUACACAAAAGGUUUCUUAAGAGUGACAUCAUUUAAUUUGUUGUUAAGUUUGUCCACUGUCUUAUUCAAAAUAUAUCAUUAAUUGAACUUGUAACUAAUGAAAGUAAAGCUUUUAUUUUCCUAUAAAUGAAUUUGUAUUUUCUUUUGUUUGUAUACUUUUUCCAUAUGCCUACACAUGGGAAAUGAGAAAAUGGAGUGAACCUCUUCUGGUUGAAGUUUUUUUCUGCUUUUUGAAUGAUUUCAAAGACCAUAAAGUUUUAGGACCUUAUAAUUGUUUUUCAGUGAACUUGGUCCAUGUCUUUAGGAUACUUUCAUAGGUAUAGUGUACAUCAACAAAGACACAUGGAGCAGACUAUCAAAGUAAAGGUUCCAGGGUUUCUCUAUUCAUAUAUACACGUGGGUAUUCUUUUCAUAGCUGUGCAACACUUCAGACAUUCCAUUGAUAGGUAUGAACUGUGCAGUGCUCACUCUUCUUGACUUUUGUGAAAAAACAAAAACUGACUUGAAGCAUGUUGCCUGUGCCCUGGACAGCUCUCCAUCUGACCCUACCUGCCCUUGGGGGUUGGGUUGAGAUGGUGCAGAGUCACCAACACAGACUCCAGGAGUAGGUGAGAAAUGCUGCAGCAAGCUCAUCUAUGCACAGCUACAAGCUACUUUAAUACUCUCUACCCACGCCUGCAUUGGUCCCAAGAAAGCAUCUCUUCUAAACAGUAAUUCCUGAUUGGCUAGCAUUAUUUGCACUAAAUAAAAAUCCUUAUUCUCUCAUGCAGUUAUUAAUUAGUUCCUCCUGAAGGUAAUGCUGUUGUGGCUGUGCAGCCCCCAGUGUUUACAUAGAGGUAGUCGCCCCCCCCCCCCGUUCCUGCUAUAUAUCCUCCCUUUUGUUUUUUUAGAUUUUUGACAGCCUAGUGGGAGCUCAGGUGCCAUUGCCUCAACAUUGUUGACCCACCUCAGAGAAUUCCCAGUUUACUGGAUUGUGCCUAUCUUAGGUUGUCCUGUCUUCUAGGAUAUUACCUGUCAUUGACUACCAGCCCACAAAGAGAUAUCACUCCAGGGGGACAUCACACAAUGGGAGAUGAGGAACACUCUACAUGGUGGUCUCACUGAUCUCUGCCAUCCAUGCUUUGAUCACAGCACCUGGAAGGUUGUCUUAUUUAUGGAAUGCUACCUGGAGAUAUACUCUGGGGAACACUUAAAAUAAUUAUUAGUAUGACAAUUCCUCCCAUCAGAGCAUAAGUGGCUAUCCACAAGGGGUGAAAGAGCCUCUUAAUAUUGUCCCAUUAAAGAGAGGGCCACACUUUAGGAGAGUAAGGGGGUGUAAAUCAAGACAGUUAGGCCACAUAAAUCCCAAUUGUUCAUAAUGGGUUAAUAUUGGAAUCUAAUGGGAUCCUUGUUAACAUAGGGAGUAAUAUUGGAAGCAUCAUGAGAGGUAAAUCUCCCCAUACCAAGUAUGAGGUUAGAUGAUAAUAUCAGGUAGUCCCUAGUUAAUUUUACCCCUAGUGCAGGGUGGCUGGCAGUGCUCUGAAGGGACAGGAAGUCUCACAGAAGUGGGCAUUUGAGGGACCUUUGUACAUCGAGGCAGGAGUGGACAUGAUAUGCUUGGGGGAUCCUUUGGGGAUAUAUAAUCAGUAAGGGGAACAUGGUGUUCCAUGCCUAACAUGGUACCAUAAGUUAGAUUACCAUGAACUUCCCCCAUGGUCAUACUGUGUAACCACACUACAAGGGCUGAUGGAGUAGAUAUUGGUGGUAAAGCAGAGAGUUUCCCCCAUGUGUCAGGUGUCUCUAACCAUUCUGUAGUAGUGACUUAGUCUAUGAAGGGCAAACCCAAACUCGCAUUGGAAGAGAAAAGAUCAGGGUAGGCCGGGGAGUUAACUGCCACAGGCAAGAGAAUGGGGGUGGAGAUGUCAAAGCCCAGAGCUCAUCAGACCUUGCUGGCAGAAGAAAAAUUAAUAAACUAUGUACAUUAAUCCAUAUCAGAAAAAAAUGUCCAAUGUCUGUAAGCAGGGCUCAGCCCUUCUAUCUAAGGAGAAAAAGUUCACAUGGAACGGCCUCCACCAAGACUAGGUGUGGAUCUAUUUUGGAUUCUGGAGAGGUGACCAGAGCAAGUGCUUUAUAAAGUGCUCCUUUAUAAAGGAGCGAUUUGCUUACUACCAUUGCUUGACCUAGAGGAUUAUAGGGUAUCCCAAAGGAGUGACUGAUCCUCCAUGAGGAUAGGAAGGCUUUGAACUACUAAGAUGAAUAAGCCAGUACAUUGUCAGUCUUGAGUGCCCAAAGCACUUCCAUUACCAACGUUGCUGAUUUCAUGGCCUUAAUGGUUUGAGAGGCCUUUUCAUCUGUCAUGGAUACCACAUAUACUAAGACUGAGCAAGUACCUACCACAACAUGUACAUACUUAAGAUUAGCAAAGGUUGGGUAAUGGGUGACCCAGAGCUAAUUGUUCCAGGAUCAGUUCCUUGAGUGCAGAAAGUUUAGGUUCCAAAAUGGGCCACUGGUCCACCCUCAGGUACCUUAGUGUCAGUUGGCACUGAGUGGGCAGUGGCCAUUAGAAUUGGGGAUGAUCCCUCACUUUCUGACAUAUGUGAUCUAGUUGGUCAUGUUGCAUAACAUCAUCAAAAAGGAUGCAAUCAUCCAUAGUAAGGAUGACACCUAUGUCUUUCAGAGUAUCCCUUCCCCAAAUAUUGCUGGAAACAUCAGCCACAACAGGUGCAAAAGAUCCCUGACUGCCAUCCAACUCCUGUAAUGGAGGGCCCAGUCUGGGGUCUCCAAUGUGGAGACCUCCAUAAUUCAUCUUUUGUUAUUAUAGCAACAUUUGCCCCUGUAUCAACUAACCCUUUAACGGGUAUAUCUUCUAAAUGUACAGUCAUCACUGGGGAGUGAGGAAACACUGGCAAGGUCCAAAAGACUCCUGGUCGAGCAGCGGUCCCUAUUACUGAGGGGUGCCCCUUUUGGAGUUUAAAUUGUCUUCUUGCUUUUGAGAACAACAAUCCUUAGCCCAAUGGAAACCUUUGUUACAACGAGGGUAUCUGGUCUUGGGCCUAGCUGAGUGGCAAUCCCAUCGGAAGUGACAACGCUUGUCAUAGCCCCAACAGGUGUGAUCAGGGGCCCUUCAAGGGAAGGGCAUGUCCUCUGUACAUGUUCUAUGGCCAAGGCAUCAAUGGAGGCAGUCAGGGCUGCAAUGGGGUUCACACCAGGGUCUAAGUCAAGCCAUUUAUGAAUAUCAUCAUUCCUUACAGCUGCCACAGCAUUGCAAGUGGGAGCAUUAAGACCCUCCCAUGCAAGCUGCUUGAUGAACAUGUCUUUGGUUGGGCCAGCAUCAACACAUCUUUCCACUGCAUCAGUCACAUGGGAUAGGAAGUCCAUGAAGGUUUCUCCAGACUGCUGGACAAUAUUGCAAAAAUAUGUAGAAGGGCCCCGAGGAGUGCAGGACUUAAGGGCCUUAAAGAAAUGAUCAACAAUCUGGUUAAAGUAAGAAUGCAGUCCAAUAAUGGCCUGAGUGAUAGGGUUAAUGUAUACCCUGUGGCCAGUUAGCAUAUCAAAGGUAAUGUUAAGGGUAUAUUCCAAAUAUAUAUA